GUGCAUAGAUUUGCAUAGGAAGGAAGGGACACAAACAAUGGACGCCCACGGGUUGUGUGUGUUUUGUCCUUUGAAAGUUGAAAGUGGUUUGUGGUUGAUUCUAUCAAAGAAUUCGAAAAAAUUGGUUAUAGUUGAUAAUUACUAGAACUUAUUAUAUUUAAAAAGGUGAUAGUGAUGAUCAAGAAUUGUAGUAAAGAAAAUAUGCAUUGUCUUUGUCUAUUGGGUAGGGGUGCACACUGUGCUCUUUCAUUUAUUUAUUUAAACUCACCACAAGCUACGAAUCAAUCAAUGUGUUAUUAGUGAUAUACUAGUAGUCUUUGUCUAUUGUGGUUUUGAUUUUAUUAUUAGAACUACCGAAUGUGUUAACAUAAUUAUUAUACAUAGAGACAUAUGGUGGGAGAUACAGAGAGUUGCAACGGUAGAGCUUGUGGAUGGAAUUAUGGUCGGAUUGAGAGUCUAAAAGUUGAAGUUUACAACGAGAUUCUGAAUCGACUCAGAGAAUUGAAUAUCCCAGAUGUCACUCUUCCUUAUUUUGAAGAUGAGCUUUGGCUUCACUUCAAUACCCUUCCAACUAGGUAUGCACUGGAAAUGAAUGUUCAGAAGGCGCAAGAUGUUCUUAUGCAUAAAAAUUUACAAAAUAUGGCACGAAGACGAACUAUUGCUAGUAGACCUGCAAUUGAAGUCCGCCUCCUCCAGGUUCAUUCUGCUUCUGGUGUGCAUUCUAGCAAAUCAAUUAAUUCCAACUUACAGAAAGAAAUCAAUCUCCAAGACACUGAUUUUCCAUGCAACAUGAGAUCAAUGCAUGAAAUCACAAUUUCAACCAGCGAUAAGCCAAAACUUUUCAGUCAGUUGACCACCUUACUCUCUGAGAUUGGGCUGAAUAUUCAAGAAGCACAUGCCUUUUCCACAUUGGAUGGAUAUUCAUUAGAUGUUUUUGUUGUUGAUGGUUGGGAAGGCCAGGAUACUGAGAGACUCAAGCAUGAAGUGACAAAGAAAAUGCAGAAACUCGAGGAAGAUCAAUGGUUCCCCCUGCUUCCUUUUCCUAAGGAGACUGAGAUACUAAAACAUAUUCCAACAAAGAAAAUUAAGAAAAUCGAGCCCUGGUGCAGUCUUCCUAAGGAGAAACCAGAGAAAAUUUGGAUGAACUAUAUCUCAAACCAUGUAAACAAACCCAUCAGUAGAAAUUAUGUGUGGGAAAUUGAUGCAAGCUGUUUAAGAUAUGAGAAGAAGAUUGGCUCUGGAUCAGUCAGUGAUUUGUACAAAGGCACUUACAUUAAUAAAGAUGUGGCUAUCAAAGUAUUUAAGAAUGGUAGUAGAAAUGAAAAUAUGCAGAGGGAGUUUUCUCAGGAAAUAUUUAUCACGAGUAAAAUUCAGCAUAAGAAUGUUAUCAAAUUUAUUGGUGCCUGUCCAAAACCAAACUUUCAUCUUGUCACAGAAUAUAUGUCUGGUGGAAAUAUGUAUGACUUUCUGCAUAUACAGAAGGUCGUACUUACUCUUCCUUCUUUGCUCAAAAUAGCAAUUGAUGUCUCCCAAGGAGUGAAUUAUUUGCACAAAAACAACAUUAUACAUCGAGACCUCAAAACUGCAAAUCUUUUGAUGGAUGAGAAAGGGGUAGUCAAAGUUGCUGAUUUUGGUGUAGCCAGAUUGCAAAAUCAAUCUGGUAUAAUGACUGCAGAAACUGGAACAUACCGAUGGAUGGCUCCAGAGGUUAUUCAACAUAAGCCAUAUAACCACAAAGCUGAUGUUUUCAGCUUUGGGAUUAUUCUUUGGGAGCUGCUCACAAGAAAGCUUCCCUAUGAAGAUUUAUCCCCAUUGCAAGCAGCAAUUGGAGUAGUACAUAAGGAUUUGAGGCCUGAAAUCCCAAGGGAUACUCAUCCAAAGUUAGUGGAAUUGAUUCACCGGUGCUGGCAUAAAGAUCCGUGUUUAAGGCCUGAUUUCUCAGAAAUUAUCAAGUUUCUGCAGCACAUUAACAUGAUGAUAGCAGUGAAGAAGAAGAAGGUUAAGGUUAAGGCUAAGGGAAUGCAUGAGCACGACUAGAUAUAGUUACUGGCCAAUGGCCACGACACGGUGUAAAUGUAAAUAUGUGGAAAAAAGAACACAAUCUGUUUGUGUUCACGGUGGGAUUCAAUUUGUGUCGUAUGAUAUGACCACUAGAAUAAGAAAAUGUCAAUUUAAACCAUGACAUUUGUCUACCUGUAAAUUGUAUUUUGUAUAUCUGUUGGGAUAUAAAUAAAUGAUGCUAGCUUGAUCAUAUGUAUUUUUGCAAAAGGAGAAUAUAAAGGGCAUAGUAAAAAAUUGCAUA